AUGUCCCACGAAUCCGUCUGGAACUCGCGCCCCCGUACCUACGGAAAGGGAGCCCGCGCUUGCCGUGUCUGCACCCACAAGGCUGGUUUGAUCAGAAAGUACGGUCUCAACAUCUGCAGACAGUGCUUCCGUGAGAAGGCGCACGAUAUUGGCUUCGUCAAGCACAAGCACAACCAUGAGGGGUCAGGGAUUGCAGGCUGUGGUAUCGGAAGGACUUUCGAAUUGAGCAAGUGCUCAAGUGCGGUGUUCCGUGGUUCGGGUGUGCUGUGGGAACUUCUGAGCGCUUCCUCGACUUUAGAUCGAUACCCUGCGUGGCUUGGUCUUUUCAUUCCGGUUUGCUUACAAAGGGAUUCAAAAUCCCGAGUUCUAGUGGCUCUUGACUCCAAAGAGUGA